AUGGCUGCGCAAUCUCUUCCUUCUACUCCCAGAGUUGCGCCUAUCGCAGCGCCCGCUGCAACUCCCGCCUCGGAGGGGUCAGGUACCCCAGGCAAAUGGCGCCAUCCUCAACUCGGUGAGAUUGUGCGCCGCCAGAACGCCGCAACCUUCGGUGAUAAGAACCUACGGAGUGUGAUCUGGAAUGGGGUCACAUUGGUGUUGACAUGGGUCUUUGGGGGCACAUUGAAGUCCUAUGCUCGUCGUGCCUUCGAAAAUCACACUAUCUAUCACCACCUCCCUUUUUUCUUCCUUCAGGUGUUCCUGCUGUUCAAUAUUCUCCUGGCGCUGUAUCCCCUCUUCAAGCCGAAGGAUGACCUCUCUGACAUCCCGCUCACCCCGACCCAACGUGCACUUCUGGGCCUGGACCCUACUGCGACGCCUCCUAUAACCCCCGGAACCACCUACGUUACUCCACCACGCUACCGCCUGUCCACCUCGCGCCAAGCAAGCCCUGUCAGUGCGAGCCGCCAGACCAUCUCACCGUUGUCCUCGACCCCUGCCUAUACAGACCGCCGUGUCUCUUCCGGAACUCCCUUUUCGCCUGCGUCCAGCCCAUUGUUUCACAAGGCAGUGGCCAAUGGCGGCAGGGAAUCUAGUCGGAGACAAAGCUUUGGGUCGUCAUCGCCUCUUGCUCGAAGCAACUCGCUCGGAGAGUCCACCAUGUCCAGCCUCGGACCUAGUACCCCUUCUCCGCUUAAUGGCAAGCGACGGAGCCUGGGACUGAGCAACAAGUGGCUAUACGAGAGAAGCCGGAGGCUUUCUGCGAGCAAUGGUGCUCUUUGA